AGUUUAUAAAAGCAUAAGCUAAACACUCUACAUUCAAGUACAUAAAGAAAUUGUUGAUCAGUAAAUACACACGAAUUUACACUUUUUAAUAUGACCAGUUAUACAGAUAAAGGGCCUAAACCCAAAUAUGGCAAAUUCAUUGCAUUCGAUCACUUAACAUUCUACGUGGGCAAUGCAAAACAAGCUGCUAGUUAUUAUGUAACUCGAUUAGGGUUUGAACCGCUUUGUUACAAAGGAUUGGAAACAGGAUCUCGAAAAUUUGCGUAUCACGCAGUUAAACAAAACAAAAUUGUAUUUGUUUUUGUAUCAGCUUAUGAACCUAAUGAAAAAGAACAUGGUAUGCAUUUAAUGAAACACGGAGAUGGAGUUAAAGAUGUUGCUUUCGCAGUUGAGGAUUUGGACAAUAUUGUUAUUAGAGCUAAGCAAAAAGGAGCUAUAAUCAUUAAAGAUAUUUGGGAAGAAAGCGACUUUAAUGGAUCAGUCAGAUUUGCGACAAUUCAAACAUAUGGUGAUACAACUCAUACUUUGAUCGAUCGAAGUUUAUACAGAGGAUCAUUCCUUCCUGGUUUUGUAAACUUACCAAAAGAUGAACUUGGACACAAACUACCUGGUAUUAAAUUAGAUUUUAUCGAUCACGUCGUUGGAAAUCAACCAGAUCUUGAAAUGGAAUCAACGGCGAAAUGGUACGAAACCGUUUUACAAUUUCAUAGAUUUUGGUCUGUUGACGAUAGUCAAAUUCAUACCGAAUAUUCAGCUUUAAGAUCAAUCGUAAUGAGUAAUUAUGAAGAAACUGUUAAGAUGCCAAUUAAUGAACCAGCAAAUGGUAAAAAGAAGAGCCAGAUUCAAGAAUAUGUCGAUUAUUACGGUGGAGCUGGUGUUCAACACAUCGCUUUAAAUACUCAAGAUAUAAUAACAGCUGUACGUAAUUUAAAAGCACGUGGUACUGAAUUUUUACAAGUACCUGAUACUUAUUACGAUUUAAUUAGAAAACAAUUAAAAAAUAGCAAAGUUAAAGUUGCAGAAGCUAUCGACAUCUUACAAGAAUUAAAAAUUUUGAUUGAUUAUGACGAUAAUGGAUAUUUAUUGCAGAUUUUUACUAAAAAUAUGCAAGAUAGACCAACUUUAUUCUUGGAAGUUAUUCAACGUAGAAAUCAUAAUGGUUUUGGAGCUGGCAAUUUCAAAUCUUUAUUCGAAGCUAUCGAAUUAGAACAAGAAAAACGAGGAAAUCUUUAAUAAAAUGUAUUAAUCUUCUUGUAACAUUUAAUCAUUCAAUUAAAUUUCUUUUUAACUUUGAA